AUGCUCAUCCGUGUCGGUACUGGCUGAUCAUUCUUGGCAGUUCGUAGAAGUAUAUUAAGUGAAGAAGAUGCUCUGCUAUUAUUUGCACGCUUGCGAAGACCCACAUAUUAAGCCUUAGGAUGCAGAUUUUUGGUAAGGACUAAAAACAAAUGAGAUGAUCCUAGGCGGACGCAGAUGAUGAAGAACAAACACGACUACAGUUCUUCAGAUUCUAGCACAUGCACUUGUUCACGACAAUAAUUAUGAACAUCGAUCCAUCCACCCACGAACAUCGAUUCCAUCGCCAAAAUAAACCACAGCUGGACUUGUGGAUGAUCAGCCGGAAAACUGCAAGAACAGUGACGCCGAAUCGCAGGUUGAAGCUCCUCCUCCUCAGGUUGUGGAGCCAGAAGCAGAAGCAGAAGGUAUCUACAUACUUCUUCUACUACAAGUCAGGUGCUUAUAACUGAACAAAGUUCAACAUUAAGACUGAGUCUAAGAUACGACUGAAAAAUAUUUUUCAAAACAGUAACCUAAUAAUUACUACGGAUCACAGACACUUGAUUAUGUCACCAGGGCACGCGCACGCAGAAGCAAAACUACCGCAAGCGGCUGACCCGGCAACUGCCACGCCAAACGACCCGGAGCACGAGGACGGCGCGCAAGAGGAGGCACAAGUGGCAGAUCCGAAACAACUUAAGCUUAGUAGGACCUCCGCUAUCUGUUUCCUCUUGACCUUACUUUUCCUAGUUUUUCUUAUACUUCCUUACCUUUGAUGGCCUAUUUCAUCAAUGUGGGAAAGCGAAGGGGCAGAAGUCUUCUCCCGCUGGUGCUAACAAUUAUAAACUUAGGAAGUCAAGGUCAACAACAUUGGUCACGAUUAACAAGAACAGCUACCUGGGAAUUUUUCUUUUGGGAAGUUAGUUUUUUUUUCAAGUAAAUGGGGCAGGCUCUAUCGCUUUUUGUCGUGAGCAACGAACUCCUACAAAUUUUUGAAUGAUAGAGUUAAAUGAGUCACUAGAAGAUGAACGUGAUCGAAAAAAGCUCUAAAACACAGCCCGCGCCUCGCGCGGAAGAAGUUGCAACGGGAGGAGAGAACAGAGUGCCUGCGGUGGAAACUUCGUCGGCAGACGGAGCCCCUGCGGCGCCACAAGGUAAAGGUAUCUACAAGUCAACUAAUAACUAGUGAAUCACAUCCAACUUCUGGCAAUUGCAUCAAAGAGCUACUAGAUAAUGAGUAUGAUGGAGAUUAUCUCACUUUCCAACAACAAGCUACCAACCAUUACAACUCUCAAGUAAAAAUUCUAAUGGUAGGUAGCCGUAGCUUGGUCAAAAGGCUAACAAGGUUACUACCACCAUGAUGCAACUAAAAAUUCUAAUUCGUCAUAUCUUCAUGACCCAAAAUCAGAACCGCCAGUACCAGAAGCGGCUCCCCAGGUUGCGGAGGGGAUGGUGGGUGCCACGGCUGUCACACAAAAGGGGAAUCAAGACGAAACAGAAAUGGCAACCAAGGCAGGGCAAGUUAAGGCCACUGCCGUCCCAACCCUAGUAUUAGUUUCCACAUGAAGAUACUAGGCGGACCCUUUCGCACCCGCCUUUUUCUGGUUUGAUAUCAGUCCUUCCUACACCUACGAACAAGAAGUCUAUAAUUCCUACCAUCGCUCACACCGAACCAACUAGAAACGUUUAUUCAAAAUGAGGCUCCCUCAUGCUCAUGUCGAAACGUUCACGACUCUUAGAAGAAUCAAGAGCAGCUCUAAAAAACAGCAUGCUGCUCGCGUGGGAUCGAAAGGAGGAGCGGGCAAAAGUUCCUGCACCAGUUGCAACUGA